AAGGCUGCUGUUUGUUGACAAGUUGGACUUCCGGCAUUGUGAGAGAAUCACUUCCUGGGUAAACAUGGUGUGCGACAAAUGUGAGAAGAAGCUGGGCACUGUUAUCACUCCAGAUACAUGGAAAACUGGUGCAAGGAAUACAACUGAAAGUGGAGGUCGGAAACUUAAUGAAAAUAAAGCUUUGACUUCCAGAAGAGCCAGAUUUGACCCAUAUGGGAAAAAUCGAUUUGCUGUAUGCCGUAUCUGUAAAAGUUCAGUUCAUCAAGCAGGCUCCCAUUACUGCCAAGGUUGUGCUUACAAGAAAGGAAUUUGUGCCAUGUGUGGGACGAAGGUUUUGGAUACAAAGAACUACAAGCAAACAUCUGUUUAAUAAAGCCCAUUCUGCCUUUGGUUUAUUAAUUAAUUUGGUAAAAGCACCUGCUAAUUUUAAAUAAACCGUUUGGAAAGGUGA